AGUAUUUUAGUAAUUAAUUAUUAUUAUUAUUACAACUAGAUUAAUUAAAAAGUAAAACAUAUAGAAAAUAGAGUGCAUUGGAAAUGUCUUCUCGUUCUUUUUCAACCUCUCAGGCGAUUCUCUGCAUACUUUUCCCAAUCUUUGACUCUCCCCUGUAUUUUAUUUUAGCAAAAUACAACGCACAAAACUCCAGGCCACCUCCCCAUUUUCUCUUUUUCUUUCUCUCUACUCUUCUACGCGUCCGGUUCAUCCGGUAACCUCCGUCUUCUCUGCCCGUGCUUGCAUCAGUUCGCCGCCGCACCGCCGUCUCUUUGACCUUUGAGUCGUCCCACCGUCAGUCAAACUUAAGGACCAAAUUUGUCGUGGUGGUUUGAAGAGGUGAAUGCUAGGGUUUUGGUGUUGAAGUUUGGCUGCUGAAGGAGCGGUAGAUCUGUUGAAGUUUGUCUGGAAUUGUUGUGUUUUCAGUUUUUGGAAAUGGAGGUAAAGACGUUUGGAUGGUAAGCGUAGGAAGGAAAGACGAGAGAAGUGAAGAGAAGGAGGAGGUGGUAGAGGCAGAUGAUGAACGGAGCUCAAGAGAGCGAUCGUAGAGGGAGGUGGCAUUUUGGUAAUCUCUUCACAUGGAAUGGCAGAUCUUGUUAGCUACGGCAAUGCCCAACGUGACAUCGACCAGGCAUUAAUAGCUUUAAAGAAGGGUGCUCAGCUUCUGAAAUAUGGUCGCAAGGGAAAGCCUAAGUUUUGUCCAUUUAGACUCUCUAAUGAUGAAACAUCUUUAAUCUGGAUUUCAAAUAGCGGAGAAAGAAGUUUGAAGUUAACCGUGGUCUCUAAAAUUAUUCCUGGACAAAGAACUGCUGUUUUCCAGCGGUAUCUCCGUCCUGAGAAGGAUUAUUUAUCCUUUUCUCUUAUAUACAACAACGGGAAAAGGUCUCUUGAUCUGAUUUGCAAGGACAAAGUUGAGGCAGAGGUGUGGAUUGCAGGCCUCAAGGCAUUAAUAACAUCUGGUCGGGGUGGACGCUCCAAAAUUGAUGGCUGGAGUGAUGAAGGCCUCUACCUUGAUGAUGACAGAGACCUGACAUCAAAUAGUGCAAGUGAAGGUUCUGUUAGUGCUACUCAAGAUAUUAGCUCCCCUGAGAUUUCUGUUAGUUUUAACCCAAACACUUCUCCAAAGAGUUUACAGGCUGAGAAUUCUUUUCAUUAUGAAAGGUCAAAUAUAGCAUCAGACGUUACAAAUAUGCAAGUAAAAGGAUCUGGUUCUGAUGUUUUUCGUGUAAGUGUUUCUAGUGCCCCAAGUACUUCAAGUCAUGGUUCUGCACUGGAUGAUUAUGAUGCUUUAGGGGAUGUGUAUAUAUGGGGUGAGGUUAUCUGUGAUAAUGUUGUGAAGGUUGUAGCUGAUAAGAAUGCCAAUUAUUUGAGCAUGAGAGCGGAUGUGCUUCUUCCCAGGCCUUUAGAGUCUAAUGUUGUUUUAGAUGUACAUCAUGUAGCCUGUGGGGUCAAGCAUGCUGCCCUAGUUACAAGGCAAGGUGAAGUUUUUACAUGGGGUGAAGAAUCUGGGGGACAACUUGGCCAUGGUGUUGGGAAGGAUGUUAUUCAACCUUGUCCUGUUGACACACUGGCUGUUUCUACUGUUGAUUUUGUUGCCUGUGGAGAAUUUCAUACUUGUGCUGUUACAAUGGCUGGGGAACUUUAUACAUGGGGAGAUGGAACUCACAAUGCUGGGCUUCUUGGCCAUGGUACUGAUGUUAGCCAUUGGAUACCGAAGAGAAUUUCAGGUCCUCUUGAGGGACUUCAAGUUGCUUCAGUAUCUUGUGGUCCAUGGCAUACAGCGUUGAUAACAUCAACAGGACAGCUGUUUACUUUUGGGGAUGGUACAUUUGGUGUCUUGGGCCAUGGUGACAGAGAAAAUGUUCCAUAUCCAAGAGAAGUAGAGUCUCUUUCAGGAUUGAGAACAAUUGCUGUGGCCUGUGGAGUGUGGCAUACUGCUGCCAUUGUUGAGGUUAUUGUCACUCAGUCUAGUGCUAGUGUUUCAUCAGGAAAAUUAUUCACAUGGGGGGAUGGGGACAAAAAUCGCCUUGGACAUGGAGACAAGGAACCCCGGCUUAAGCCCACAUGCGUUCCAGCACUAAUUGAUUACAAUUUUCACAAAGUUGCUUGCGGGCAUAGUUUAACAGUUGGUUUGACAACAUCAGGGCAAGUUUUUACGAUGGGUAGUACUGUGUAUGGUCAACUUGGGAAUCCCUCUGCUGAUGGAAAGCUACCGUGUUUGGUAGAAGACAAACUUUCAGGGGAAUGUGUUGAAGAAAUUGCCUGCGGUGCGUAUCAUGUAGCGGUUUUAACAUCCAGGAAUGAAGUCUGUACCUGGGGAAAAGGAGCUAAUGGCAGGUUGGGUCAUGGAGAUGUUGAAGAUCGAAAAACUCCUACUCUGGUUGAGGGAUUGAAGGAUAGACAUGUGAAAUAUAUUGCUUGUGGUUCAACUUAUAGUGCUGCAAUAUGUCUCCAUAAAUGGGUAUCUGGUGCUGAGCAAUCUCAAUGCUCAGCUUGUAGACAGGCUUUUGGGUUCACCAGAAAAAGGCAUAAUUGCUAUAACUGUGGACUUGUGCACUGCCAUUCCUGCAGUUCAAGGAAAGCACUAGGAGCAGCUUUGGCUCCUAACCCUGGGAAACCUUAUCGUGUCUGUGAUUCCUGUUUUGCCAAACUGAAUAAGGUUUCAGAAGCUGGUCAUAACAGGAGGAAUUCCGUACCUCGCCUUUCAGGUGAGAACAAGGACAGGUUGGAUAAGUCUGAAAUAAGAUUAUCCAAAUCUACAACUCCUAAUAUGGACUUGAUUAAGCAGUUAGAUAGCAAAGCAGCCAAACAAGGAAAAAAAGCUGAAACCUUCUCCUUGGUUCGCUCUACUCAAAUACAUUCUUUAUUACAGUUGAAAGAUGUUGUUUUGUCUACUGCUGUAGAUUUGCGACGGACAGUUCCUAAACCAAUUCUUAUACCAUCUGGAGUAAGUUCCAGAUCUGUUUCACCUUUCUCAAGGAGACCUAGCCCUCCACGUUUUGCUACUCCAGUUCCAACAACAUCCGGACUUUCUUUCUCCAAAAGUAUCACAGAUAGUUUGAAAAAGACAAAUGAACUUUUGAACCAAGAAGUGCUUAAGUUGCGUGCACAGGUUGAGACCCUAAGAAAGAGAUGUGAACUCCAAGAAUUGGAGCUUCAAAAAUCAACAAAGAAAGCUCAGGAAGCUAUGGCAGUGGCUGCAGAGGAGUCUGCUAAAUCUAAAGCUGCAAAAGAAGUUAUAAAAUCACUGACAGCACAGCUCAAGCAUAUGGCUGAGAGGUUGCCACCUGGAGUUUAUGACACUGAGAACAUUAAACCAGCAUACCUGCCAAAUGGCUUGGAGCCAAAUGGUGUUCACUAUCCAGAUGCAAAUGGAGAGGGACAUUUGAGAUCUGAUUCAAUUGGUGGUUCUUUCCUUGCUUCCCCUACUGCACUCGAUUCUACCACAAUCAAUGGCACUCAGAGCCCUACCCAAUUACUUAGGGAACCAACUGGAGCCAAUGGUAGAGAUGACCGUUCAGGUACUAGACUGCCCAAUGGCAGUGGAGGUUUUCAGGCUGGAAACAGUAGUGUGUCAGAGGCUGUUGAUAAAAGGGAAUCUGGGACUUUUGGAGAUGGUGAAAAUGGUAUGAAAUCUAGAAAUUCUGCGCUGGUUGCUAAUGGAGAUCAAGUGGAGGCUGAGUGGAGUGAACAUUAUGAGCCUGGAGUCUAUAUAACUCUUGUAGCACUGCGGGAUGGAAGUAGGGAUCUCAAACGGGUGCGCUUCAGCCGGAGAAGAUUUGGAGAGCACCAAGCAGAAACUUGGUGGUCAGAAAACCGUGAAAAGGUGUAUGAGCGGUACAAUGUUCGAGGAUCAGACAAAGCAUCAAUUUCUGGGCAAAUUGCACGCAGAUCAGAAGGAGCUUUUUCACCCACUUCGCAAGUGUAACGUAAGGAGGGAGGGAAAUUUAGCAUCGACUCAUCUUGUGCCUGUGAUAAGGCUAAGGAGGGGAAACCCCCUUUUCUUUUUCUGCUUCUCUUUUUGUUCCUCGUCUAUAAUUUAAUUUCUUCCAUUUAAUUUCUGGGUUAUUUACCCUCAUACAUAUCUGUUGUAUUGUAGUGUAUAUAAAAUCAUCAAUUGCGAGAUAGUCGUGGCCAGAUAGAUUUUGUUCCUUGGCCUUGCUUUCUCCAUCCCCAGUUCCCCACACCACUUUGCCCUUUUCUUUUUGUCUCUUUUCUUCUUUACAACUCAUAUAUUUUGGUGGGCUUGGUUGAACACAAAAACAGCGACAUACUUAAAGUAAGCAAAGAUCCCACAAUCUUCCCUAUUUUUCCCUUUCCAUUAUGUUAAGGCAGGUACCGUGCAAUGGGGCUCUUGAGUUGGAAAAUUAUUCCGUCUUAAUAAAUGAUUUGGCCACCAAAUGAUUGAAAGUAAAACAAUGAUUCUUUCAUUUCAUUUUAUUCAUUUUCUUCCGUAUUCCUAUCAUUGAGUCAUUUCCCCAGCUCAUAUUUUAAGAUGUGCAAAAUUCUUGAACGGCAAACGACCCAUAUUUUGGUAGGUUAGGCAGCUAUACACAAUGAAACCCAAUAAAGACCCAUGUAUGUUUUUGAGAGUCAAAUUAUAUGCAACGGAAAAAGAAAGAAUAGGUGAGUAGUUUUUUACACCAAUAGUAUGAGAUGAAAAAGGGUCUUUGGUGGUUUCUACCGCAAUAAUAUGAGCCAUCCGUCUCAUGCAUUGGGUGCUCAGAAUUUAUUACUAAAGAGGUGUGGUAAAUUGCUAAUCACUUGGUUGGCUGGGAUUUAAACAAAUGUAAAUGCAUAUAUUUUUGUUAUAUGUUUUUUAGUUGUGGAGUUACUUAUCUGAGAUAAUUCAUUCAAUAAGUAGGAAUGACGCAAUUUAGGGAGUUUUUGCACUAUUACAUUUUUGUUGAUAGCAAAUAAAA